CUCUCCGACACUGAUUCUAACGCACCACACAUUUAUAUCCGCUGACACGGUGGAAUGAUGCGCCGAUGAAACAAACAACACAGGACAAUCGUCCCGAUUUCACGCAUAUUCCCUCAUUUUCUGUCCUCGUCGCUUCCGAUGCCAAAUGAUGCACCUUUCAAGCGAUUCGCAUCGCGUCGUAGCUACAACAAUUCAAUAACAUCCCCCGCUCUCCGCCAUUCCCUGUGGAUGCUGCUGGUAGUAUGGUGAUGCUGGCGAUAAAAUACAGCUCCGUUUGGUGAAAGACUUGGGAGGCUUCGGGUCAAUCGGGGGAAGUGACGGGGUUCAGUCUAAAGGUUCCCAAUGUUGAACAUGUCGACCCCCAGCGAGCUCAAGUCUCCGUGUGUCCCGAGGAACGGCAUGGUCAAGCUCCCCCCUCAGCCCAACGGUCUGGGCAGCGCCAGCAUCACCAAGGGCACGCCCGCCGCCAAGAACCGUCUGUGCCAGUCCUCCUCCGUGCCCGGCAUCCUACCCCCGCUUUCCCUGCCCUACCACCUGGAUCCCCUCAACCCCCUGGGCUCUUUACCCACCGCAGCUUCUCUCCUGGGUCCAGACCUGGACCACAGCCCCCUGACGGCCCUCAAACCCCCGCUGCGCCAGGUCCCCCUCACCUUACCCAAGCCUCACCUUCCCCUCACCCUGCCUCUGGCCCUUCUGCUGCCCCUGGAGCGCCAGCUGGCCCUGGAUGAGAAGCUGCUCAACAGGCUGCUGUGGUACUUCACCACGGCUGAGAAGUGUGUCCUGGCCCAGGUGUGUAGGACCUGGAGGAAGGUGCUGUACCAGCCUAAGUUCUGGGAGGGUGUCACGCCCAUCCUCCAUGCCAAGGAGCUGUACGCCCUGCUCCCCAGCGGAGAGAAGGAGUUUGUCAGCCUGCAGGCCUUCGCUCUCAGGGGGUUCCAGGCGUUCUGUCUGGUGGGAGUUUCGGACCUGGACAUUUGUGAGUUCAUUGAUAACUACCCCCUGUCCAAGAAGGGGGUGAAGUCGGUCAGUCUGAAGAGGUCCACCAUCACAGACGCAGGCCUGGAGGUGAUGCUGGAACAGAUGCAGGGUCUAAUGCACCUGGAGUUGGCCGGUUGUAAUGACUUCACGGAGGCCGGUCUGUGGUCCAGCCUGAACGCACGGCUCACCUCGCUCAGCGUCAGCGACUGUAUCAACGUAGCAGACGACGCCAUCGCUGCCAUCUCACAGCUACUGCCCAACCUGUCAGAGCUCAGCCUGCAGGCCUACCACGUAACCGACACAGCCAUGGCUUACUUCACAGCCAAACAGGGCUACACCACUCACACGCUACGUCUCCACUCGUGUUGGGAGAUCACCAACCACGGUGUGGUUAACAUGGUCCACAGCUUGCCCAACCUCACGGCUCUGAGCCUGUCAGGCUGCUCUAAAAUCACUGAUGACGGGGUGGAGCUGGUAGCAGAGAACCUGAGGAAGCUGCGGAGCCUGGACCUCUCCUGGUGCCCACGCAUCACUGACAUGGCCCUGGAGUACAUCGCCUGUGACCUCCACAAACUAGAGGAGCUGGUACUGGACAGAUGUGUGAGGGUAACAGAUACAGGUCUCGGGUACCUGUCCACCAUGUCUUCUUUGAGGAGUCUCUACCUGCGCUGGUGCUGUCAGGUACAGUACCCACUAGACCCUUACACCAGGGAUCAUCAACUACAUUCAGCCAGGAACAUAAUUACAAAUCAUUUGUAGACUGAAAAUGGACCUCAAGAAGCCCAAACAGAUAUAAUAUUGGACUAAAACACAAUAAUUUCAAACUUUUGUAAGAAUCAUAUACACUUAGUGGCCAGUUUAUUAGUACCUGGUCGGACGAUUUGCUUCCAGAACAGCCUGAAUUCUCUGGGGCAUGGAAAUGUUGCUCAAUUGGUAUCAUUUCAAACCUUUGUAAAAAAAUCACAUACACUUAGUUGUCAGUUUAUUAGGUACACCCAUCUAGUACCUAGUCGGACCCUUUGCUUUCAGAACAACCUGAAUUCUUCGGGGCAUGGAAAAGUUGCUCAAUUGGUAUCAAGGGACCUAACGUGUGCCAGUAAAACAUUCCCCACACCAGUACACCACCACCACCACCAGCCUGUACCGUUGACACCAGGCAGGAUGGGUCCAUGGACUCAUUCUGCUUACGCCAAAUCCUGACUCGGCCAUCAGCAUGAUGCAACAGGAACUGGAAGUCAUCAGACCAGGCAAUAUUUUUUCUCUCUUCAGUUGUCCAGUGUUGGUGAUCGUGUGUCCACUGGAGCCGCUUCUUCUUGUUUGUAGCUGAUAGGAGUUGA